AGAAUGCCCGUUUGCGCACGGCGGUCACUCUAUCCGAGCUGGACGGACAACACAAAGUUUGUUUGGACGACAGGACAACCUGCGCUCCGGGGCGCAGCAGAUUUCUACUCUAUUGGGGUUUUCUCCUUUGGAUUGAAUAUAUUUGCUCCGUUUAUUUUUGUUUUCGCUGCUGAUUGCGCGGGUUUGAGUCGGAGCUCGUCUCCAUUUGGCACCAGACGCGUCUGUCACCAUCUGCAACCGAGUGCCUAAAGCUGUCAAAGUCAUGCCGGCCGGGUUUCAACAGCUCGGAGGGGAGACGGUGACGGGAACCCUCGCUCUAUCAGUCUUCACUGCUGUUCUGGGAUCGCUGACGUUCGGCUACAACAUUGGAGUCAUCAAUGCACCACAGAAGAUCAUUGAGGGCGACUACAACGCGACGUGGAUUCAUCGGUACGGAGAACCAAUCCCCUCAGGGACCCUCACCUCCCUCUGGUCGCUGUCUGUGGCCAUCUUCUCCAUCGGGGGCAUGCUCUCCUCCUUCUGCGUGGGCUUCAUCUCAGAGUGGCUGGGCAGGAGGAAAGCGAUGCUCGCCAACAAUUUGUUCGCCUUCGCUGCUGGGAGUCUGAUGGGAAUGUCUAAGGUCUGUCGCUCCUUUGAAAUGAUGAUUCUGGGACGCUUCAUCAUUGGGGCCUACUGUGGACUUGCAUCUGGUUUGACGCCCAUGUAUGUGGGGGAGAUAGCUCCCACCAGUCUCCGAGGUGCACUCGGCACGUUGCACCAGCUGGCCAUAGUCACUGGGAUUCUUAUAGCUCAGAUCCUGGGUCUGGAGAUGUUGCUGGGCAGUGAGGACCUUUGGCCCGUUCUGCUGGGCCUGACCGUGGUACCGACUGUACUGCAGAUGGGUCUGCUGCCCUUCUGCCCCGAGAGCCCUCGCUUCCUCUACAUCAUUCGGAGUCAGGAGCACCACGCCAAGAGAGGUUUGAGGAGGUUAACAGGCCGGCAGGAGGUGGGUGACAUGCUAGCAGAGAUGAAGGAGGAGAAGAGGAGGAUGGACAUGGAGAGGAAAGUCUCCAUCCUAGAGCUCUUCCGCUCCCCUCUUUACCGCCAGCCCAUCGUCAUCUCCAUCCUGCUGCAGCUCUCCCAGCAGCUCUCUGGAGUCAAUGCAAUUUUCUACUACUCCACCAGUAUCUUCAUGAAGGCAGGAGUCCAGAGUCCGGUCUAUGCCACAGUAGGAGCCGGAGUUGUAAACUGUGCCUUCACUGUGGUCUCGCUGUUCCUUGUGGAGAGGAUGGGUCGGCGGACACUUCACAUGUUGGGUUUGGCAGGAAUGUGCAUUUCUGCCAUCAUCAUGACCAUAGCUCUGGCUUUACUGGACAGCAUCCCUUGGAUGAGCUACAUUAGCAUGCUAGCUAUCUUUGGCUUUGUGGCCUUCUUCGAGGUGGGUCCAGGUCCCAUUCCUUGGUUCUUUGUAGCUGAGCUGUUCUCUCAAGGCCCGAGGCCAGCUGCCAUGGCUGUGGCGGGCUUCUCCAACUGGACCGCCAACUUCAUCAUCGGCAUGGGCUUCCAAUACGUUGCAGAUCUCUGUGGGCCAUACGUAUUCCUGAUUUUCGCAGUGCUGCUCCUCUUUUUCCUCAUCUUCACGUUCUUUCGGGUGCCAGAGACCCGGGGAAAGACAUUCGACCAGAUCGCAGCCAACUUUAAUCAGCACUCGGCGGCCAGCAUGAUGGAUAUGGACAUGGAGCUGAACAAGCCCAGCACGGAGCUGGACUACCUGGGGGAUGAAAGCAUCAACUGAAGAGUCCAAACAAAAAAAAA